AUGACAAUCACCAAGGAAAAGGUUCAGGAGGUCUUGAAUAAAGCCGCCCUCCGCUCUAGAGGCCCAGGAGGUACGAUCGCUGUCGUAAAAGAUGGCAAAGUCAUAGGCCAACGCGUGUGGGGAUUCGCCGACCUGGACCAACGGAUCCCUAUGACGGCUGAAACGCAACUACCUAUCUGUUCAAUCACCAAACAAUUUGUGUGUGCGCUGUUGAUUGAUUUGGAGCGCAAUCCGACCCCGACAUUAGCUGCAAAAAGCGAUGUCCGGAAGCAGCUCUCAGACCAUCUCACCGAACUAGUAAACCCGGAGCUCACCCAUGACGGUGAACUCACAAUUCAGCGACUAUGUGACAUGCAAUCCGGCUUGCGCGACUAUUGGGCUAUGACCACCCUCUGGGGGUCCAAGCCCGACGAUGAGUUCCUAAUCGCGAGAGACUGCGGUCCACUGAUUACUCAAACCAAGUCAUUCCAUUUCGAGCCGGGAACGGAAUAUUCCUACUGCAAUUUCAACUACCACAUAGUUGCCCGAGUGAUUGAGCGAGCAACUGGCGAGUCUCUUGACAAACUGCUCGAAGAAAGAAUACUCCGCCCGGCUGGUAUGAGCACGGCAUUCCUUUGCCCCAACACCGCACAUCACCCACCACCAUGUGUCGGGUAUGAGGGCAACGAGGAACUAGGCUUCACAGCCGGUGUUAACAGAAUCGAGUGGUCUGGUGAUGCUGGACUAGUGGCUUCACUCAGUGAUAUGAUCGCGUAUGAGAAAUAUCUCGAUCGCUGCUACGCUGAUCCACAAAGUUGGUACCAUACCGCUAUCGCUGAUCCGAAGUUCAAAGACGGCACUCCUGCGACGUACCGUUACGGGUUAGAUCACAGUGACAUUGAAGGUGUGAACACGAUCGGACAUGGUGGUGCGUUGCGAGGGUAUCGACUGCACCGGCGGCACUCACCGCGCGAUCGUCUGUCCGUCGUAGUUAUGUUGAACAGUGAAUCCGACGCAGGCGGCCUCAACACUGAGAUUUUCAGGGAGCUUUUGGAACUACCGAAGUCUGAGACAGCGCCUGUGCAGCCGGCCGCUGAUUGGGUAGGCGCGUUUCUUGACCAGGAUACCCAGCUGUCGAUUGUCAUCACUAAGGGUACACGGGAUGGAGAGGUGGCCAUCCAAUACGAUGACUCUGCUACGCCUAUCAAGCUUAGUACACCGACUCAUGGGAAGUGUGAUUCUAUGGCAGCGACGAUUGAUGGGGAUUCAUUGAGUAUUCAUCGGGUGGGAGAUAACCGGAUCCUGAGUGCUCGACGUAUUGUCCCGAAACAAUCAACCCUUAGAGAUACUUCAUUCCAGGGUGUCUAUCACGGUGCUGAGAUUGAAUCUACCUUCCACUGCACUGGCGAGGAUGGUAUGCUAUAUGGUGCGUUUGAUGGAUAUCUAGGUCGAGGCAAUGCCACUCCGAUGAGAUAUCUAGGCGAUGAUGUCUGGGUUUUGACUUGUCCGCGUGGCUUGGAUGCACCAGCCCCAGGAGACUGGACCAUUGUCUUUUCUCGGGAUGAGCAUGAUGCAAUCCAAGGGUUUACGAUUGGUUGUUGGCUGGCAAGGAAGGUUGACUUUGUGAAAAAGUCCUGA